ACUGUAGAACUCAACUGGGUAAGCAGUGUCAGUGGGUGGCUUAGAGAAAUGUAAUCAGGUGACUUUCAUUUGAAACUUUUAAGCAAACGGCUUUCAAUAUUAUCUGGAACAAAUAAGAUCACCAACAUUGUAAGUUCAUCUGUUUCGUGAAGUAUAAAUUAUACAGUCAAUAGUCUAAUAGUAAGGUAUUAUUAAAGGCUAUUUAAAAUUUACUAUAGUGUUUUAGUUUUAGUUAAUAGUUAUAUUAUUAUAAGUAAGUCUUAGUAGACUAUAUCAGUAUAUAGAAUAUAGUAGCCUAAGCCUAUAACUUAUAGGCAUAGGCUACUAUAUUCUAUAUACUGAUAGUAUUAGCCUUUAUAAUAUAGUUAUUAGCUAUACCUACAGUUAUAGUUAUAGUAGGCUAGUUAUAGUUUAUAAUUUAUAGUCUAUAUCUUAGUAUAGGCUAUGGCCAUGGCCAUGACUAUACUUAUACAUAAUAAUAAUAUUAUAGUAUAGUACAGUGGUUCUUAACCUGGGUUCGAUCGAACCCCAGGGGUUUGGUGAGUCAGUCUCAGGGGUUCGGCGGAGGUCCAAAAAAAAUCAGAAAAAAAAUCAUAUUUUAUUUUUCCUAUUAAGAAGGGUUCGGUGAAUGUGCAUAUGAAACUGGUGGGGUUUGGUACCUCCAAAAAGGUUAAGAACCACUGGUAUAGACAUUUAAAUCAAUAAACUAUUAAAUUAAGUUCAAUAACUGAACUUAGAAAAUUAGAUUUCCUGAUUUUAGUCUAAGUUUAAUUAAAAGUAUUACUUUAUUUAGUGGCACUAAUGCUACUGAGAAUUUAAAAUUUAAAUAGUAGCCCGCCCAUAUGCCAUAAAUAAAUUAAAUCAUAUCUAUUCUAUAGUCUCUAUACCAGUGGUCUUUAACGACCUGAGUGCAGCUCCGCCAGUCGGCCACAAAUAGGUUUUGACUUCGAAAAACAUGGUUCUUGAUAGGUUCUUGAAAAGAAAUUUGGUGUUAAAAAUUUUUUUUAAUCGUUCUGCUGCUGAUUUUUGGCUCUUUUGACUAAUUAGUUUUCCAAACACUGUCUAUACUGAUGUAUUUUGUAACUGUGUAGUUAGUGUAGAAAAGUAUAGUCUUCAUGAGAGAGUUCUCCAUUGAUGUGCAAGUCUUUCAACUUCAUAAGUUUAUUGAGCCCUAAUUAAUAAUUAUAAGGUGUCAGAUUAAGAAAUUUUUAAAUUUUUAAAAUGAUUUUAUCAAUGCUUUUCUUUUGUUUUCUUUUGUUUUGAAAGGCCUCUUUGUAGCAUGUGCUAUAUAGGCAUAUUGAUAGGCUACUAGUACUAGUUUAGGGUUUCCAAUAUGCAUAACAUGGUUCUGUAGGUAGUAGUGGCUUCCUGAGAGGGGCCUGCCAAAUAUUAAAAACAUUUAGUAAAUUUAUUUUCUAUUCAGUUUUAUAAAACUGGGUCGCUGUGAUAGAAACUAAACAAAUGUGAAAAUCUUUGUGGAGAAGGAAAUGACAGGAUGAGGGUGCCUGCGUUCAGUUUUAUUUCAAGUAUUGAGAAAAUGUGCAGCUAUCAACAUGCUCAUCAUCCCAAUAAUUUAGUUCCAAUUUUUUUUUAUUUAUUGGGGUCUGAAAACACAAGUUUGAGAAAAUCUGAAAAUGCCUGUCGCUAGAUAACAUAAUUUACCUUAUCAGAAUGGAAUUAUCUCCUCAGGAUGAGCCAGUGUUUAUACUUAUAAAUUAUUUCAUACAAAGAUAAAUUGUACAAGAUAAUAUGUAUUGAGCUAUCUUGCUAUUUCCAUCAUUAUGGAUAUGAGAAAUCAAGCAUUUAAAAUUUUCAUAUUUAUACAUUGUUGUUUUUAGAUCUAAAAGAUGCAGCCAUUUUAAUCUGGAUUAAGUAUUUUAGACAGGUAAGAUUACAUAUUAUGUGAUUAUAUCUUGUGAUUAAAAAAAAGUAAAAAUAAAUUUAUAACAUUUUAAAAAAUAGUUGUAAUUUUAAUUCACUUGAAAAUAAACAUAUAAUUUAAUCAAAUGAUUAAUGAGUGAUUUAAAGAAAUGUAAUUCUCAUUUAGAUAUUUUGGAUUGAUUUGAUGAAACAUUAGAUAACUUAAGAAAAUUUAAAUGUGCUCCAGAAAAAGAGAGUGGCACUUAAAAGAUAGCCAACAGGACUAAGUUAUACAUUUGAGAGGUAUUCAAAAUUUGAAAGAAAUCUCAAACAUUUUAUAAAAAGUUUUUGAGGGGAUUUGAAGUGAUGUGCCCACAUCCUUCAAAUCAACAAUGUUUUUCCUUUUAAAUUCUAAUGUUGUACUUCCCUUUUUUUAUCAGCAGAAUUAAUUAUUAAAUUUUUGGAAGAUAACAAAUUUCAGAUUGUGGAAGUGAGACAUGUGUUACACAAGAUGAUAAUGACAUUGUACCCAAGUCUUAGUUUUAUGUCUCUGCUAGCAUUUAGAAUGUAUUUAGAUAGCUGAUAAAAAAACUAUAUUUGAGGUUAGCAUAUGAGGAAAUAAUCUAUUUGUUUGUUUGAUAAAUAAGGCUUCAUAGAUGAAAGCAAGAUAUUUUAUAAUGUUUAAUUCAGUAAUGCUGUCAAUGGCAUAAUACUCCAGACUGAAUAUAAUUUAUCCAUGUGUAAUUGGUCAACAAUACACUAAAAAUGUCAGGGAUCGGCAGAUUUAAAAUAAUAUAAUUUUAAAAUUGUUUGUUAAAUGCUCCUUAAUAAUUGUAUAAAUUAUCUGCUUGGUGUAGAGAAAAUGUCAAGAUCUCAGAGGACAGGCAGUCAGCUGUCCAAUGCUUCCCAUGGUUCACUCAGAAGUCCCACCAGGAUAAACGAGAGUGAUAUGGAUGAAAGCUCAUCCUUGCUGCCAUCGUACUCGGAUGUCGAAAGAAAGAAGCAGCGAGAAGAGGGUAAUAAAUCUCAUGGCUAGUUUUGGUUUAAAAAAUAUAAUUUUGUGACUAUAACAAAAGCCAAUGGUAUGGGGAAAAAACAGCAAAGUAAUUCAUAAUUUGAAUCAAACUGGUUCCGUCUUGUGGCGUUAUGUCAAUAAAUAAAACAAAAAAAAUAAAGACAUGGUCAUCAGAAUGGUGUUUGUUCUCUAAUGUUAUAGUUUUUUAAAAGGCAAAAGAAUUACCAAAUUUGAAGAUAGAAAAUUAUGAAAUAAAUUGAUAUUACAUUUUUUAAAUGAAGGUGUAAAAAAAAACCAACCUAGUAAUUAAUUCUGUGUUGGCCACUUUCAACUACUCAAACAAAUAAAAACUCUGGCCAGUCCGGCUAAUUGAUCUUUAUGGCCCUUAGGUUUCACAUCACCACCUUCCUCAUCUGCUGGUUAGUGUUGACACUCUUUCCUUUCUAAAGUCCACUAGAGGGCCACUCGGUUAUAAGGUAGAAAUCAUUGCUGAGUUGAAGCUGCAUUAACAAAUAGAAAAUCACUGGUUAAUGUUCAGUUUGCCUUUUGAGUCAUGGGCAAUGCGGUGUGCAACCACAAUUUACCAACACUAUUUUUUUAUUCAACUAUCGACAUCAUUGUCUGGGUUUUCCCACCCCAAAUAUUAACCACCUACUGAACCUUCGACAGUUUAAGUGCUGAAAAUUUACUAGUAAAUUAAAUAGGUUCUUUUUGUCAUUAUACAAGUUCAGUGGUCUCCAACUUUUAAUAUGGAAGGGCUAACAUCAAAGAGACAAAUUUUAAAGAGUUAUGUUUAAAAAAAAUUGUUUUCAGUAAAUAUAAAUACAUAUUUCAUUCAGUUACCUACGUUUGUUUAUUGUUUUCAUUUGCAAUAAAAAAAAUUGUUAAUGACUUAAGAAGCAUUGAAAUUAAGAAAUCUCUUAAACAUGUCUUGAAGGAUCUCAAUGUCUGGCUGCUCGCCACGUCCUGGCAUUUAUGGCUUUCCUUGGAUUUGUCAACGUCUACUGUUUACGGGUGGACCUGAGUGUGGCACUUGUAGCUAUGGUCAACACCACAUCCAACAGCACAAACAGCACCUCCGGCCAUGAAUGCCCAGACCCCAAUGGUGGCAACUCAACAUCUUCUAAAAAGGUCAGUAGAAUGUCCCUUAUCAUUAUAACAGCAAAUUCAUAUGUUAAAAUGGUUUACACAUUUUUUCAAGACAGCCCUAAUUCACACAAGCUCAGAAACCCGUGGCUCUCCAUUUUAAAAAAAUACUAAUUCAGAGGGGAAAAAAAUGUUUUAAAGCAAGUUCUUUAUAAAGGAACUUUUUGAGGGAAACAAAUCUUUUCAAAGAGAUUUCUGUAUAUAUUUGCACCCAUUUAACUUAAUAUAGGAUAGCAUAUAAUUGUAAACAUAAUUAAAAUUUAUAAAAAGUAAAGAGAAUGCCUUUUUAUUUAAUCAUACAGACAGGAGAGUUCGACUGGGACGAGAAGACGCAAGGUUACAUAUUAGGUGCAUUCUUCUAUGGCUACAUCAUCACACAGUUACCUGGCGGUUGGCUGGCCUCCAGGUACGGAGGCAAGAAUCUUUUUGGCUACGGUGUGCUGGGUACAUCCAUACUGACCAUCAUUACACCUUUUGCUGCCAGAUACAGUGUUUACAUGUUGAUAGCCGUCAGGGUGCUGGAAGGCAUUGGAGAGGUAAAAAUAAGGGCAUGUGUUAAAUCUUUAGAUUGAAGAUAUUCUUUGUUAUAGCCUUUAGUGAUGAAGCUAGCAGUGAGCUGUUCAAAGCUGUUGAUAUGAUAAAAAAAAAAAUAAUUUGAAAGAUUAUUUUUGGAUUCGCUUUAGAAAUAUUUAUUUUACCUUACAGUUUAGUGAGAUAUGUUAUCUAGAUAAAAUAUCUAAGAUUAUAAAAAGAAAUAUUUAUGAAACAUUUUUAACUUUUGUAUGUUAAAAUUGUUAUAAAACAUAAAUUAUGUAUCUGAUUUCCGCCCCCCCCCCCCUAAACGGGGUGUGACUUUUCCUGCUAUUUUUUAUCUUUUGUAUGUUCAAAAUGUUAUAAAAAAUAAAUUUUGUUUCUGCUUUCCCCCCCCCCCCCCCCCUAAACAGGGUGUGACUUUUCCUGCUAUGCACUCUAUGUGGGGCAGCUGGGCCCCUGUGUGGGAGAGAAGCAAGUUGGUGGCCUUCACCUAUGCAGGUCAGUUUGUUAUUUCUUAUGAAUGCUGAAGGGUGGAUUAUUGCAGUGAAUAACAAUACAAGAAUAUCAAGAGUCUCCUUCACUUUAUCUUACGGCCCUCUUUUCUCCUGAUAACAAUAAACAACUUGUGUUAAUUUUGAAGAUAUUUAAUUAAAAUAAGACCCAGUCUUUAAUAACUAUAAAAAACUUGUGUUGAUUUUGAAGAUAUUUAAUUAUAAAGUAAUACCAAGUCUUAUAAAUUGUGAUCUGAAAUCGUUAUUUGAAUAAGGAAAAACCAAUUUCCUGAAUAGAGAAGGUCAGAAGCUGAAACAUGUGCUGAGUCAAAAUUUUUUUUUAAUGAUUGUUAUCAUAUUUUUUUUCAACAAAAGAAAUGAAACUCAAUUUUAAGUAUGUCCUACUUUCUGUAUGAACCAGGAGCACAGCUUGGCACAGUUAUAUCUCUUCCCAUCUCUGGCAUAUUGUGUGACAGUGACAUAGCCGGGGGAUGGCCCUCAGCUUUCUAUUUCUUUGGUGAGUUGAUUUGUAAAUAAAAUGUUGUUUUGAGUUAUCAAGCAGCAAUGGAUACUUCUGUGUUCUGUGCUAGUGUUGUUUUUAAAUAAAAUGUUUUUGAGUGUGUGUUAUUUCAGUCUUUAUUAAACAUUGUUGAAAGACAAUUAUCUUUCCAAGCAGUUAUUUAUUUGUCUCAAGAGGUGUCCUCACUUAUAUAUGUAUAACUAGUGCUAUAUAUACACACAUAUAUAUAGCACUAGUUUUUAACUAGUAACUCUACUAUGGUACUUGUAUCACUGAGACCACCCUCCGAAUUGUUUGGUUGAAAUAUAUUUCUGGAUCUACAUUUAUUGUAAGUAUGGUAAGUAACAGUGUUCCAGGCGCCCCCAGUACUCUCCCUUUGUUAUAUUAAGUAUUGUUGAAUGUUACAUGUCUCCUGGGUUUUCUCCCCUUGUUAGACUGAUAAUUUUUGAAUGUUACAGGUGUCCUGGGUUGUCUGUGGUUUGUGGCUUGGAUGUUACUAGUCCACAACACACCAGCUGAGCAUCCCAGGAUAUCCAUCACAGAGAGAGAAUACAUAGAAAGUUCUAUUGGUAAAAAAGAGGUGAGGAACACUUGCUGGGACUGAAGAUUACAAACCAUAGAACCUCUGAUUUUAUUAUAAGUAAUUCUUGAAAAUAUUACAGAACAGCUAAAAUUAUUGUGUAGUAGCAUCACUUUAAAUUAGUUAUCUUCAAGAGGGUAAUGAGGUCAUCAGUCAAUGUGUCCAGGUGUGGAAUGUGUUAUGUUUUGGUUAUCUUUCCGCUGACCGCAGAUCCUGAGUACACCAUGGAAACAGAUUGCAACAUGUCCAGCUGUGUGGGCCAUCAUCGUGGCACAUUUCACCUCCAACUGGGGAUUCUACACCCUCCUGACCAGUCUUCCUACCUACAUGAGCAACAUCCUUAAGUUUAAUGUGAAACAGGUAAAAAAAUUCUCUAGUUUCUAUGUUAACUGUAGCUGUAAUAUACCUGGGUUAUCUAUUGCUAUUAUGUCUGUUUUCCCUAUUAGUUAUCAAUUGCAAUAAUAUCUAUUUUAACCUUAGUUAUCUCUUGCUAUUAAUGUCUAUUUUACCCUUAUUUAUCCAUUGCUAUAGUGUCUAUUUUCCCCUUAGUGAUCUAUUUCUAUUUUCCACUUAGUCAUCUCUUGAUAGAAUGUCUAUUUUCCCCUUAGUUAACUAUUGCUGUAAUGUCUAUUUUCCCCUUAGUUAUCUAUUUCUCUUAUGUCUAUUUUCCCUUUAGUUAUUUAUUUCUAUUAUGUUUAUUUUCCCCUUAGUUAUCUAUUUCUAUUAUGUCUAUUUUCCCCUUAGUUAUCUCUUGAUAGAAUCUCUAUUUUCCCCUUAGUUGCUAUUAUGUCUAUUAAAUAAAUUCCCUGAUCUCCUCCAGAAUGGCCUUCUAUCCGCCCUGCCUUAUGCCUGCUCCUGGCUCAUGCAGAAUGCCUCUGGGUUCACAGCUGAUUACCUGAGGCAUCGUGGAUACGUGUCUACUGGAAAUGCUCGUAAAAUUUUCAACAGCAUUGGUAAAUUUGAUUUAAGGAAAUAAGUGAAACAAAGUAAGGGAAAACCUAAAAAAAAAAAGCAAACACUUCAAGAGAAGUGACCACAUGAGCUUCAUUGACCUGGCCAUCACCGCCAUCGUGUCCUGUACCUACACAUCCGCCAGGGUGAACUUUGGGAGCAAAAUAAUACAGACUUAUGUGCUCUUGACACAACCUUGUGUCAGGAAUAUCAUGUUCCCCUUCAUUUGUUAAAUCUUUUCUCUACCCCCCUCAUUAAAAUCCAUCACCAUGGAUCCUAAUUUCCUCUGCUCUGUCCCCUGAUGCCUACAUUAGGUCUCCUAUCAACAAAUGGUCUGUUACAUUCUUCUUACUGUCCCCCUCUGACGCUACAUUGCAGCUAAGUGUUUAUUGACAUUUUUAUAUUUGUUUUAUUGUGUUCUAUUUGCAGAAAAGGGAUUUUUUGUUGACGUUUUCAUUGUUUUGUCACAUCCUCUUUUCAGGUUUUCCCAUACUGUGUUUCACUUACAUCCUUCUAGCCAACCUGAUUGCAGUCUCCACGCUUUAUUGUCAUAACUUAGAAACAGUUUGUUCUCAUUAAUUUAAUAAAAAUUUACUAUUAUGAUGAAUACUGAUAAACUUUACUAUACUUUCUGCAAACACAAAUGAAUGAAGUUUAAUUAUAAAACUUGUAAGAUUAUAAUUAAUUUCACCUUCAUGGUAAGCCUAACAUCAACAGUUUCCAUAAUUUCCGUUACAUUAUGUAUAUACUAUUAAGUUACUUAAGGAUAAAAAAAAACUUGUUUGUUUCAUGCCCCGAAUGCAAAGUAAAACAGAACUCUGUCCGCAGGAGUGUGUGCACCUGGUUUUCUUCUUCUUGUCGUGGGAUAUGUCGGCUGUGACCACCUCCUAGCAAUGGUCUUCCUGACACUGUCAGUGGGGCUGGGUGGCGGGAUAAUGGGUGGGUACAAUGUCAACCACCUGGACAUUGCUCCGAAGUUUGCAGGUGAGUGACUUAAAGUGGUACCUACAGAAUCACAUCUGGGGGACGGGAAACUGAAAGUGAAACUUUGAGUACAAAGGUUGUUUUUUUUGUGUUUUAGUAUUUGCUGAGUCAUUGUGAUAAUCUCUCAUCCUGUUUUUCAAUGACAUUUUAGGCAGUGGUUCUAAAGUCUAUCUUUUGAAGGCUAUCGUUAGCCUACCAUUUUGUCAGUGGUUCUAAAGUCUAUCUUUUGAAGGCUAUCGUUAGCCUACCAUUAUGGCAGUGGUUCUAAAGUCUAUCUUUUGAAGGCUAUCGUUAGCCUACCAUUAUGUCAGUGGUUCUAAAGUCUAUCUUUUGAAGGCUAUCGUUAGCCUACCAUUAUGUCAGUGGUUCUAAAGUCUAUCUUUUGAAGGCUAUCGUUAGCCUACCAUUAUGUCAGUGGUUCUAAAGUCUAUCUUUUGAAGGCUAUCGUUAGCCUACCAUUAUGUCAGUGGUUCUAAAGUCUAUCUUUUGAAGCAGUGGUUCUAAAGUCUAUCUUUUGAAGGCUAUCGUUAGCCUACCAUUAUGGCAGUGGUUCUAAAGUCUAUCUUUUGAAGGCUAUCGUUAGCCUACCAUUAUGUCAGUGGUUCUAAAGUCUAUCUUUUGAAGGCUGUCGUUAGCCUACCAUUAUGGCAGUGGUUCUAAAGUCUAUCUUUUGAAGGCUAUCGUUAGCCUACCAUUAUGUCAGUGGUUCUAAAGUCUAUCUUUUGAAGGCUGUCGUUAGCCUACCAUUAUGUCAGUGGUUCUAAAGUCUAUCUUUUGAAGGCUAUCGUUAGCCUACCAUUAUGGCAGUGGUUCUAAAGUCUAUCUUUUGAAGGCUAUCGUUAGCCUACCAUUAUGUCAGUGGUUCUAAAGUCUAUCUUUUGAAGGCUGUCGUUAGCCUACCAUUAUGGCAGUGGUUCUAAAGUCUAUCUUUUGAAGGCUAUCGUUAGCCUACCAUUAUGUCAGUGGUUCUAAAGUCUAUCCUUUGAAGGCUAUCGUUAGCCUACCAUUAUGUGGUAAAAUUCAUGCCCUUGUUUCUAGCAGUUUUUUUAGACGUAAACAGACAAUGUUCUUUUGUAGGAUGGUAUGUAAUGUGAUGGUUGUUACCAUCUUUAAACACCAGAUAUGAAACUAAGCAAGCUGCCAAUAGAACAUGACACUGCAGUAGUGCUAAUAGAACAUGACAUUGCAGGAGUGCCAAUAGAACAUGACACUUCAGUGGUGCCAAUAGAACAUGACACUGCAGUAGUGCCAAAAGAACAUGACACUGCAGUAGUGCCAAUAGAACAUGACACUGCAGUAGCGUUUAAUAUAGAGAAAAGACUGCCAGCCCUCAAGCACUGUUAUCACUGGCUGUGUGAAAACAUUUGACCACACCUCUUCAUUAGCUUGUACUUUUUAAAAAGACCAUCUCUAACAAGGAUGAGGCCAACAUCUCGUAAACUCUUGUGUAAGGACUCUUUAUUUUUCAACUUUUGUUGGGCCCCCCCGCUAUAGAGAUAUUCGUUUCUGAAUAAAAUCAUUUAAGAAUGUGAUAGAAGUCCUCUUUGUUUCAGGUGUGUUGAUGGGGGUGACCAACUGUUUUGCCACCAUACCUGGAUUCCUGGGGCCAGCUGUUGUUGGGUAUCUCACAGAUAACAAUGUAAGUUUUCCUAUUGGGGUGUUGGGCCAGCUGUUGUUGGGUAUCUUACAGAUAACAAUGUAAGUUUUCCUGUUGGAAUGUUGGGCCAGCUGUUGUAGGGUAUCUCACAGAGAACAAUGUAAGUUUUUCUGUUGGGAUGUUGGGCCAGCUGUUGUUGGGUAUCUCACAGAGAACAAUGUAAGUUUUCCUGUUGGUAUUUUGAAGAUUAGGUAGAAAUUGUGCUGGUAGGGGUUUAACACAGUGGGGGGGCAGUCAUGACCAAUGCAAAGGUAAACACAAAGCAAUGAAUAUUUCAUCUCAUUAUACUUUGUGUUUUUUUUAAUAGUAAUUUUCAAUUCAUUGAUUCAGUCUAUUCAUAUUGCAUUCAUUCACCAUGGAGACCUUUGUUCAAAGAACAUUACAAAAUUUAAAUAGUAAUAGUACUUCACUUUAUUGUCUGCAUUCAAUAAAUAAAUUCAAUUUUGCUUGUUUGUUCUUGUUUUGCAGCAAACCCGAGGUCAGUGGAGAAUUAUUUUCUACAUCACAUCUUGCAUGUACUUCUUUGGUGCCAUUUUCUAUAACAUUUUUGCUAAAGGGGAGGAAAUGCCCUGGUCCAGGAUGCCUCACAAGGAACUGGUCGGCAAUCGCAGCUCACCACUUCUACCACCACCGCCACCAGCACCAGAUCGCGCAGAUGCCACUGUAAACAACACCCCGCCUCCAGAAUAUUCGGAAUGAUAUUGACUUGUGGUAUUUUAUGUGUACUUAACCUGUUAAAAUGACAGACUCCAGGUUGUAUUGGGAUCUCGUCUCUGUCUGCUCUUGACUGGCCAUUUGUAGAGAUCAAAGAACCAAUCUGCUCUUAACCUCUCAAAUUAAGUUAAAGGGGGACACAUUGCAUUACUUAACUAUGAACAACCACUGUAUUUAUGGAUGCUGUUCUUACUUAUGGAUGCUAUUCUUAUUUGUGGAUGCUUGAUUCAUUUGUGGAUACUGGAUUUAUUUGUGGAUGCUGGUCUUAUAUUUAGAUUCUGGACUUGUUUAUGGAUGCUGGCUAUAUGUGAGUCACCAAUGAUACGUUCCAGAUUUCAGUUUAACCACAUGGCAUAAUUUUAUUGCAUCAUUGAAACUUGUUGGUCAUCUGUGACAUAUCAUAUAUUUUUGUGAUGUUAGACCAAGGGCAUUGUUUUAAAACUUUAGUUGAAUUGACAUGAAGUGUCUCUAAAACUGAUAUUGGCACAAUUAAAAAGCACAAUACCAGAAAUAAAUUAAAUGGCUUUUCAUAUCUGAGUGACACUUAGAUUUUUAUACUCUUAAAAACUGAUGUAAGCUUUAACUUGUGUUUUAGUUUCUGUGCCGUUGGCAUCAGCGGAGAUGGCUGCUCAAUCAAGUUGUUGAACUUUGUUAGAAAAUCAAUGUACCACUCUUUGACUAAAGAUAUAUUUUACAUUAUCAAAAAUUCCCUGAUGUAUUUGGAUUAUUCCUUUAACUGCUGAAUAUUGGAAAUGAAUGUUUAACAAAUUGGACUUUUUUUUAUUAUAGUGUUGUAAGAUGUUUCCGCUUGUCAAUGUUGACAUUUCAUAAUCUGAUCGCAGCUUUGAAACCAAUUUUUGAACCUUAGUUCACCCUCAUUUAAUUUAAACGAUUCAAAAAAUUUGUCCUGCAUUUUAAAAAAAAAAUGUAUUUUUAAAUAACCCAGUGUUUCAAAAGGUUUGUCCCUUGAGGGCUUUCAAUUCCAAAAGUUUUGUCCUUUGAGAGCUUUUCAAUUCCAAUAGUUUAGACCCUUGAGAGCUUUCAAUUCCAAUUGUAUGUCACAAUGUAAAUAAAAAGACUAAUUUUUUAUAAUUAAACAAAUGUAUGCGAGUUUGAUCCACUUCUUAAGUGGAAAUUAAUUUUGUGAAUGUAUUUUUACCAAACUUCAGAGAUGUAUUGUUAAUCAAAUUCAUUUAUUGAACUCUCCACUUGAUAAUCACACAAGAACCACAAGCUGUACAAAUGCAGUUGUUAUAAAAUGUGAGAUUGUUUUUAUUGCAGGUUUUAUGAAUUUAUUGUAGGACAUGCCAGGCUGAUAUGUCGUGAGCUAACACUUGUUUACUUUGGGGCCAUCCAAAAUUGAUGUCAUGCUCCUGAGGGGGGCGGGAGGGGGUGGGGCAGAUUUUAUAUUUGGGACUAUGUUUGACUACCAUUUAUAUUUUAUUAUGACAAUUUGUGACUAUUUUUGACAACAUUGUAUAUUUUAUUAUGACAAUUUGUGACUAUGUUUGAAAACAGUGUCUAUGUUAUUAUGACAAUUUGUCAAGAUGGAGAAGGGGUGUAAAAAAAAUUUCCAAAGCUGUUUGACAUACUUUAUGGAUGUUACCUUAAGUGGCUGCUAUAGAAACUAUUCAUGGAAACUCUGUUUAUGAUGGAAUAAAUGGACAUAAAGAGAACACUUAUCAGGCCUGCACAACAUGCGGACCGCAUGUGGCCGCCAGCACCCACUUUGCGGCCCCUGAAGUAACGUAAUAUUUUUUAUUCUUCUUAUUUUCUUAGUAGCUUUCCUCAUGACCUAUAUUCUUUUGGCCCGCAGAAGUCUUGUCCUAUUUCCUUUUGGCCUGCACAAGUUUUUCAUAAAAUACUACGGCCCGCCUUACAUUUUGAGUUGUGCAGGCCUGCUAUAGAUUGAAAGGUAAUGCAUUUAUGAUUUUUUUAUGUGUAGCUGACAAAUUUUGUGAAUGCAAUUUUAUUUUUACUUUAAAAUUUAAUCAAAAUUGUAUCAAUAAAUAUACUUAGUUUUACAAAUAAGUAGUGAUCACCUCUGAAAUACUUGAAUGAAAUAUAAGAUUGAGUGUUAUAAGUGCAAUAAAAUAUUUGACAUUUU